AUGUUCAACGCUCUCAACCGCUUCAUGUCCCGUCUGGACGGCGACCAAACCCCGCGGCGAAACGAGCAAGGAUCCUUUGGCUUCCAGGUCCUUCGCAACACGAACCUCGAAUUAGCCAUAGAGCCUUGGUUCGACUAUAUUGUCGGAAUCAAUGGACGUCCAAUUGAAGAUGCCAACCCCUCCCUCUUCGCACAAGAAGUCCGCAACUGCUCCGGCGGCACAGUAUCUCUCGGGUUAUGGAACGCAAAGGGCCAACGUACGCGGGAGAUGCACAUUUCCGUGCCCCCAGACACUGCGUCCCUCGGGCUCACACUGCAACACUCCCCAAUUGCGCUCGCCGCCAACAUCUGGCACGUCCUGGACGUCGCAGCCAGGUCUCCAGCCGACCAAGGCGGCCUUCUCCCGUACAGCGACUACAUCCUGGGCAGCCCUGAGGGCUCGCUACAUGGCGAGGGCGCCUUGGGUGAGUUGGUCGAGGAUCACAUCGGCAGACCGCUGCGGCUGUUUGUCUACAACAACGAAUACAACGUGACCAGAGAGGUCACCAUACAUCCCAGCCGGGAUUGGGGUGGUGAGGGAGCUCUGGGGUGUGUUCUGGGCUACGGCGCGCUGCACCGCCUGCCUGCACCUCUGAGCGAGCCUGUUGAUGCGCCCGGGGAAACCAUGUUUGAUGGAGAUGUUGGCGACAAGUCAGGAAGCGCCGCGUUUGUGCCGGCGUUCGAAUCUGGUUCCCAAGCUGCAGCCUCGACAACACCCCCACCAGGAGGUGAAUACGUUGUUCCAGCUCAAAUGGUCGGGCUGGACCCUGUGGCGGCUCCGCCGCGACCUGCCGCCAAGAAGAAGGACAGACAGCGCGGUGCCAACAACUUUAUGGAUGACUAUUUCAAGGAGCAGGAACAGAAGAGCAGGGACUUGGACAAGGCCCCGUCGAGUAAGUCAUCGGGUGCGCCACCGCCGCCGCCAAAAGCAGGUGGUCCUCCAAAAGCCGAAUCCAGCACCGAACAGUAA